UUAAUAUAGUAGGGUUGAGACAAAAACUUGUAUUGAAGAUUGGUUUGGGCAUAGAAGAAUAAAACUAGCACUCUUUUGGAUCAUGGACCCAUUUGAUGAGCACCUUGAGGAGUACCUAGAGGGUGAUGAUGAGCAAGCUGAUGUUGAUUCCAUCGAUGAGCAGACUGAUGGUGGUUCCAUGGAUGUUGACCACGAGGAGGAGGAUAAUAAUAAAGAGAACGCGAAAGAUAAAAAGAAAACACAUAAGCGGACAUGAGGCAUAGUGCGAUUGACGAAGAUCAUAGCAGAUAAAAUUAAAGGAAUCAAACGCCAUUUGAGGUUCAAUAGCAGGGGGCAAUCGAUCGGGACCCCAAACAGAGAGCUUCAAUGUUAUUUAGGAAUGCAAGCCAAAAGUAUGGUGCCAAUUAACAUUGAAAAUUGGCGCGAAGUUCCUAAAUCUAUAUUGGACAGCUUAUGGAAGGACGUCAAUCUAGCUUUCCACCUAGAUGAGAAUAUGCGAAAAAAUAUUAUUGGCUCUGUGGGUAAUAAGUGGAGACAAUUCAAAUGUAAUUUGAACAAGAAGUUUAUAGUCCCUUACCUUAAUGACCCAUCUCUUUUGGAAGCAAACCCUCGUGGUCUCGAUAAACCUCCACCAAGCUAUCAUAUAGAAGAAACACAUUGGAAAGAAUUUGUCAAGAGAAGGACAUCCGAAGAGUUUCAAGAUUUUAGAAAAUUACAACAAGAAAGGCGUAAUCAUUUACAAUACCCUCAUAGGACUUCACGCCAUAGCUAUACUGAAUUGGAAGUUGAUUUACAAGCUAAGUGGGGCACAACAGAGAAAAUAGAUCGAUCUAUACUCUUGAAGGAGGCCAGAAAAGAUUCUUCUGGCAACUAUGUCACCGAGCGUGACAAGGUCAAGGGAAAGGCCAUCGAAGACAUGCUUGAGCAAAGAAAAGAGGGCAAACUGAUUGAAAUCGGAACAAAUGACAGUCUAACACAAGUGUUAGGUACUGCUGAGCACCCCGGUCGAGUUCGAAGCCAGAGUCGAGGUGUCACACAAAGAGACUACUUUCAUAAGCCUGUUGGGGGGGGGGGGGGGUCUAAGAGGCUUGCAGAAAAAACAAAUUGA